GUAAAUAUCAAGCAGAGUCAGCAGAAUGAUUGAAAUGGCUUCUAGGUCAUCAUUGGGUAGGAUCAUGAGGCCCCAGCUACCUUACCCCACUCCCACUUUGAUCAACUCCCAGUCAGGGGCUAGAGGUGCAGGAGGCUCAAAGUACCAGCUCCUUAGGCACCUUGGGACGUUCCAGCCUGCUCUGGGGAGAUCCAUUAGUGCCUUCUGCCCCAAGGAUUUCCAUUAGGCCCUAAUAAAAUGUAUUAGAUAUAGGAAAUGCUUUGAAGUUUGCAUAGUAUUUUCUCCAGAAUCCCUCGUUUUUUGUUUUGAUUCUCACAUUCACUUUAUGGAUAGGUAGAACAGGUAUUAUUAUCCUCACAUUUACAUUUAGAUUACAUUUGGAAUCACACAGUAGCAAGUACAGCCUGGGGUUAACUGAGGUCUUAUGAUCUCUUAAGCCCCAGGCACUUUCUCUUGGUUUCCUCAGAGCACCUUCUGAAUCCUUCCCAAACUUUCCACCACUUGAGCAUGGAAACCCCUAGACCUCUUCUCAUUCCCAUAGUUUAGAAAGUUUGAGAAUCACCCCCAGGUCCCUCAUUGACUCUGAGGCCGGUUUGUGUCCCUGGUGGAAAGCCCACCCCCUCAGGCUUGGUCAGAGGCGCUGGGACCAAGAACUUGUACAAUGCCCUGAUAAGCUUCUUAGAGGAGGCGGGUAUUAGCCAGGAUCGGAUAUUCUUCACCUGAGAUGCCCUUCACACAUGCCCUGCCUUGAAUUAGGAUUCCAUACGGGCACUGGGGCAGGAGAAUGGGGUGUUCCCUGCUGUCCAGCUUCAGACUCACUCUUUGAGACCCUGGAUUCGGACACGUUCCCAGAACUGAGGAGACCCCCAGAUGUCGAGGUUUGAAGGUUUGUGGAUACCCCCCGGCUGGGCUUCAUGGAGAAAUCUUCCCUGAUCACCAACCUGAAUCCCAGAGCAGCCUCCGUUUUUCCCUGGACGGAAUGAGAGGCCUUCUGUAACCAGACACAACUGGCCGUCAUGGGGAAACUGCUCAGGAUGGGGUCACAGGAGAGGCGGUUACUCCGGCCAAAGCGGCUUCAUUGGAGUCGCCUCCUCUUCCUGCUGGCAAUGUUGAUCAUCGGUUCCACCUAUCAGCACCUGAGGAAACCCCGGGGCCUCCCCUCGCUGUGGGCAGAAGUCUCUUCACGACAGCUUGUAAAACUGGCCAGUCGGGACCUCCCCGAUGAUGAAGUGAUGAUGGUGAGCGGCGACCCUCCAAAAGCUAGCUCUGAAAUGGAGAGUGAGAUGCUGAUACCCCAAGGCACGGCGGGCAGGGAUGCAGCAACACCUGGCAUAACAAUGGAGAACACCCCCAAUAUUCCCAGAGGAACAGCCAAGAUUAUUCCAACAACAACCAAAAAUAUUUACAGCCCAACAGCAGCAGGUACAGAAAGAGUGAAGGAAAAUGCCCCAACCACAUCUAGUAGAGUACUGAAUCACUACACCCCAACUUCAAGCAGACAAACAGUGAAAUAUUAUACCCCAAUACCCAGGGGAGAAAGGCAGAGCCAUGGCCCAACCAAGGCCAGGGGAAAGGUAAAGAGGUACACUCCAUCCCCACCCAGUAGAACAGUAGACACUUAUGCUCCAUCUACAUUCAUGGCAAAGGAAACAAGCCAUGCGACCACCCCCAGGACAACAGCGAAAGACAGUGAAACUAUGGCAAUCUAUAAAGUAUUGAAAACCAACUCUCCCGAGGGAAUAGUGGAGGAAACCACCCCAGCUACUCUCAAGGGAAUAGUUGAUAACACCCCAACUUUCCUGACACAUGAGGUAGAAACAAACAUCUUGACUUCUCCAAGGAGUAUAGUGGAAAAAAACACCCUGACUACCCCCAGAAGAGUGGAAAAUAACAGCUCAACCAGUCCCUGGGGGUUAGUGAGAAAGAAUAACUUGAUGACUCCCCAAAGAACAGUCCUGGAGCACACCCCAGCCAUCUCUGAGGGGCAAGUGACAAUCAGCACCAUGACAGGCAGCAGCCCGGCAGAAACCAAAGGCUCUACUGCUGCCUGGAGUGUUAAGAAUCCCCCGCCCAGAACCAGUGCAUCAGCCAUCAGGACGGCCCCAGCCACUGUCUGGAGGCUGACAAAGAGAGCUCCCACAGCACCCAGCACCUCAGCAACCCUCAAGGUCAGGGCAGAUCCCACCACCCAGGUCCGUCACUGUGUGGUUGUGGACCCAGCCCCGGCCAUGCCCAUCGCCCCCUCCUCGAGCCUGACAACCGCCCUGCUCCCAGAGGUGCCCAGUCCCAGUCCCCCAGAGCUGCCUCCCGGCUGGACUGACCACCACCCCAAGGCGGAGUAUCCCCCGGAUCUGUUCAGUGUGGAGGAGCGGCGGCAGGGCUGGGUGGUGCUGCACGUCUUCGGCAUGAUGUACGUGUUUGUGGCAUUGGCCAUCGUGUGUGACGAGUACUUUGUUCCAGCCCUGGGUGUCAUCACAGACAAGCUGCAGAUCUCUGAGGAUGUGGCGGGUGCCACGUUCAUGGCUGCUGGAGGCUCUGCCCCUGAGCUCUUCACCUCCCUCAUCGGAGUCUUCAUUUCCCACAGCAACGUGGGCAUCGGUACCAUCGUGGGCUCCGCUGUGUUCAACAUCCUCUUUGUCAUCGGCACUUGUGCCCUCUUUUCUCGGGAAAUCCUCAACCUCACCUGGUGGCCCUUGUUCCGAGAUGUCUCCUUCUACAUCCUUGACCUGAUGAUGCUCAUCGUCUUCUUCCUGGACAGCCUGAUUGCCUGGUGGGAGAGCCUGCUCCUGCUGCUGGCCUAUGCCCUCUAUGUGUUUGCUAUGAAGUGGAACAAGCGGAUCGAGCGCUGGGUGAAGGAGCAGCUCAGCAGAAGGCCAGCAGCCAAGGUCAUGGCCUUAGGGGACCUCAGCAAGCCAGGCGAUGGGGCCGUUGCGGUGGAUGAGCCACAGGAUAACAAGAAGCUGAAGCUCCCGUCCUUGCUGACCCGAGGGAGCAGCUCGGCCUCUCUGCACAACAGCACCAUCCGCAGCACCAUCUACCAGCUCAUGCUCCACAGCCUGGACCCCCUGGGGGAAGCCCGACCCUCCAAGGACAAGGAGGAGGAGAGCUUGAAUCAGGAAACCAGAGCCCAACCCCAGCCCAAAGCAGAAAGCAAAGCAGAAGAGGAGCCAACCGAGCUUCCUGCGGUCACGGUCACACCAGCCCCUGCUCCAGACGUCGAGGGAGAUCAGGAGGAAGAUCAGGCUGGUCAGGGAGAUGUGGCUGAAACUGAGAACACAGGUGAAAUGACAGGUGAAGAAGGUGAAACUCCUGGUGAAGGUGAAAUUGGAGAGAAAGGAGGAGGUGAAACUCAACUAGGUGACAGUGAAAUUAAAACAGAAGGGAACGGAGAUAAACAUGAAGGUGAAAUAGAAACAGAAGGAAAAGGAGUCAAUGAAAGUGAAGGUGAAACUGAAGCAAAAGGAAAAGAAGAUGAACUUGAAGGGGAAACUGAAGCAGACGGAGGAGGAGAUGAAUGUGAAGUUGAAAUCAAAGCAGAAGAAGAAGGAAAAGGAGACAAUGAAAGUGAAGGUGAAAUUGAAGCAGAAACAGAAGGAAAAGGAGACAAUGAAAGUGAAGGCGAAAUUGAAGCAGAAGAAGAAAGAAAAGGAGACAAUGAAAGUGAAGGUGACAUUGAAGCAGAAACAGAAGGAAAAGGAGACAAUGAAAGUGAAGGUGACAUUGAAGCAGAAGAAGAAGGAAAAGGAGACAAUGAAAGUGAAGGUGACAUUGAAGCAGAAGAAGAAGGAAAAGGAGACAAUGAAAGUGAAGGUGACAUUGAGGCUGAAGCAGAAGGAAAAGGAGACAAUGAAAGUGAAGGUGACAUUGAAGCAGAAGAAGAAGGAAAAGGAGACAAUGAAAGUGAAGAUGACAUUGAAGCAGAAGAAGAAAGAAAAGGAGACAAUGCAAGUGAAGGUGACAUUGAGGCUGAAGCAGAAGGAAAAGGAGACAAUGAAAGUGAAGGUGACACUGAAGCAAAAGGAAAAGGAGAAGAUGAACAUGAAGGUGAAAUCCAAGCAGAAGAUGGUGAAAUGAAAGGGGAUGAAGGUGAAACUGAAGGCCAGAAACUCAGUGCUGAAAAUCAAGAUGAAGCAAAAAAUGAUGAGAAAGAUGGAGGUGGUGAAGGGGGAAGUGAUGGGGGUGAUAGUGAAGAGGAGGAGGAGGAGGAAGAAGAUGAAGAGGAGGAAGAGGAGGAGGAGGAGGAAGAGGAGGAGGAGGGGGAACAUGAGGAGCCUCUGUCCCUGGACUGGCCUGACACCAGGCAGAAGCAGGCCAUUUACCUCUUCCUCCUGCCCAUCGUGUUCCCACUGUGGCUGACAGUGCCCGACGUCCGGAGGCAGGAGUCUAAGAAGUUUUUUGUUAUCACCUUCCUGGGAUCCAUCAUAUGGAUAGCCAUGUUCUCAUACCUCAUGGUGUGGUGGGCUCACCAGGUUGGUGAAACAAUAGGGAUUUCUGAAGAGAUUAUGGGUUUGACAAUCCUAGCAGCAGGCACAUCAAUUCCUGACCUCAUCACCAGUGUGAUUGUCGCUCGGAAAGGCCUGGGAGACAUGGCUGUGUCAAGCUCUGUGGGCAGUAACAUAUUUGAUAUCACUGUGGGCUUGCCUGUUCCUUGGUUGCUUUUCUCUCUUAUCAAUGGAUUACAGCCUGUUCCAGUCAGCAGCAAUGGCUUGUUUUGUGCUAUUGUUUUGCUUUUUCUCAUGCUCCUGUUUGUGAUCUCUUCAAUUGCAUCAUGUAAAUGGAGAAUGAACAAGAUCCUGGGCUUCACAAUGUUCCUCCUUUACUUUAUAUUCCUGAUAAUCAGUGUGAUGUUAGAAGAUCGAAUCAUAUCCUGUCCUGUAUCUGUCUGAGUCAGUCACUGUUGCUCAUAAUGGAUACAGAAGACCAUGCCAGAAGUUAUUGUAUCUUUUGUUACAUUAAUGAAAGAACAAACAUGAUUCAGAAAGUGGACUGAGUGGCUCAGAACCUCUAUUGUGAAUGUGAUCCAGGACUAAGCUUUAUCUUUGGAAACAUCUGCAGCUCACUGUGGAUGAAGAAUUUCACCCCUGUAAGGGUGGGGCUCUGAGCCCUGACUCAUGUCAACAUCUGUCACAUGGAGGCAGCACAACGACCCCUGGAGCCAGAGGGUUUUCUAAAUGAGAGACAGACUGAUUUCUUAUAUGGUUUAUAAAUGGAUCUUAAGGUAAUUACAAGGGGAAAUUCCAAAAAUGCUUAACACAAUGACUACAUGGUGAGAAAAAGAGUAUUAUUACUUCCAAGAUAACUAGAGUAAAGGAUACUGGAGUUUUAAAACAUUUUGUGGUUCAACAUUUCAUGUGGAAUUUGAUGUGCUUGUAUAUUAAAUACUGCUUGCUGCUGUUACUAGAAUCCAGUUAGGGAUACAUUAGAAAUGAAAGUUUUAUGUCACUGGCUUCAGAGCAAAAUGAGCUCAGGUGACUGCAGAUAAUGAUGGUAAAUAUGGCUUUAAUUACAGUCAUGCAGAAUGCUUAAAGAUGAGAAGAUAGGGCAGAUGUUAUGUGAAAAAAAAGCAACAUUUUGGCACUGAAGGAUGGCUAAGGUGUUCAAAUACACCAUCUUUUAAGAUGAACUGGUUAACUUAAUUGAUUGCCUCGCUACCCCAGGAUUCCCAUUCUUUGGAAAUAAUUUUUAUUAAAUUUCAGUAAGUUGUGAAUCCCAAUGGUAUGUUUACUUUA